AUGAUUGGUCGUUAUCUGUUAAAACCACUAAACUCCCCGAUGACAUCAGAUUCAACAGAUAUUGCACGAUGCUCAGCCAUACAUCGGUCGAUCAUUGAAAGAUGUGUUAAUGAUGGCUUGCCGAUGAGGAGCAAUAGUCGAAUGAAGCUGUUACUGGAGAACAUUAAGUACGUGUUUGCAUACCUCGUUUGUUUCUGUCAGCGCAGUGAAAUGGAGCGAGCCAUCAUUUUUCUUCAGAAUGAGACUGACCUUGAACUUGCCCAGCUGUUGAGGAUGAAUUUCCAGGUGGUACAUCAGGAACUUCUUCUGUAUCUCAGUACCCACUAUAACCAGGUAUUCAAUGGACUGCGACAUCUGUCCACCUAUGACCACAAUUACACGGGUCCUAAAGAUAUCAAGACAUCAGAACAAAUGGCUGACUACCUCCAGCCCCGACUUCUAGGGGUCAUUGCAUUCUUUGACUUCCAACUACUCAAUGCCAGCACUCCACUGUCUGACAAAAAACUGACAAUGGAGAGCCUGACAGCCAUUAUUAAACUGAUGGGGAAGAAACACAUAGGAACAAUUCGCCACAAAGUAAUCGGAACCCUGAGGAUUGGACUCCAGUUCACGGAUCGAGAGUUCAUUGAGAUUAUCUGUCGAGCCUGGAAUUGUUUUGUUAAGAGCUUAGAGUUGUCUUUCCUUGGACAAAUGAUGUCACAGAUUAUUGCUACACUACUACCACUCCUUGAACACCUGCCCAAACAAGUUGCGGAAAUCAUCAACUUUAUCAUCGUAGAUAACAGGUCUGCCCUGAAAGACCGAUUCCAUGAGAUCUACUUCCUGCCUGACAUUCCAGAGCUGGCCGACGCUAAUGCUGUUCUGAAGAAAUAUACAGAGAUAGGGCCAUCUAGCCAGUCAGACUUUGGGACCAAAUUAAAACACACAAUAAAGGGAGUCCAGCAUGAGAGUGCAGACAUCAGAAUCCAUGCCCUGUCACAGCUCAGGACCCUGCUACAGCAGGAAAAGGAUGUGCUGUACGACUACAUCAUUGGCAAUAAAAAAAUUACAAUAAUUAUAUUGUUGAAGAGCUGUCGGGAUUCUAAUGUUAAAGCCCAGGGACUGAUUGCUGAGUGUAUUGGUGAACUGGGGGCUAUAGACCCGGGAAGGUUAGAGUUUAUGACCAACAACCCUAAAGAAGAGAGAGCUAAGUUCCACAGUGGUAUCGGGGACGACAGUUUUGCCGUGGGUCUGAUAAACGAAGUGGUCAAGGCUUUCCUGGCCGCUCAAGAGAGUCGUAUACAGGACUGUGCUGCCUAUGCCUUACAAGAACUUCUGAAGAUCUACCACAUCAGUGAGGCGUCGGACUCGGACAAGACCUCAGGGAGACUCUGGGACCGCUUCCCCGAGCACGCCCAGCAGAUACUGGUCCCUCUCCUCUCCUCUAAGUACAUAGUGAAUAAGAAGAGUGACUUCUCCCAGCUGACUAAGCCUAUAUACUACAGCAGUGAGAGGACCAGGAAGUUUGAGGACUGGGUUCACACCUGGACUUCUUACCUGUCCUCAAAGGUGAAGAAUGAGAAGGCGUUUGAGGUAUUCCGAGCCUGUGGGGCCCUGAUCAAGCACGUGGUGGGUGUGGCCCUGUACAUUCUGCCGUACGUGGUACUGGAGGUCGUAGUGGACGGGUCAGAGGAGGACAAGAAGGAGAUAAGUGAAGAAAUCAAGGAAGUCUUGAACCGGACCAGAAAAACGGACAACAAGGACCGCCCGAUCUCACAUUCCCAUCAUCUGAGUGCCCAGACAGUGUUCUCUGUACUGGAUUAUCUGGUCAAGUGGAAGAGAUUCCAGGCUCAGAGGGCACCUGUCAGCUACCCUGGAAGAGAGAAGCCCAGUUACCUGACAGAGCCCCGCUAUGUGGCGGUGACCCGAUUCCUGGAGACCACCCCCCAGGACCUGCUGGCGGAUGCCUGUCAUUCCUGUAAGGCCUACACUAGAGCACUGAUGCACCUAGAACAGCUCCUGUCCAGCAAGGGGCAAAACAUACAGGAUCAUCUAGACUUCAUGCAGAAACUGUAUGUAGACAUGGAUGAGCCGGAUGGUGUGUAUGGUGUGGCCUCUAUCAGACAGGCCCAGCCCACCGUCAUGGAAGAAAUUCUGGCUCACGAAAGUCUGGGUCAGCACCACGACUCUCAGGCCUGUUAUGAGAAAGCAAUCCAAAGUGAGGCUGAUGAUGUCACGUAUCACCAGGGACUCCUCAAGAGUCUGCUAGAAAUAGGUCAGGAAACCCAGGCCCUGCUACAUGCCACAGGGGCCAUUACUGAAAGAAGGGAAUGGGGCCCUCAGUUGAGCAGUUAUAUGGUGGAAGCAGCCUGGAAACUCGGAGACUGGCAUAAACUGGAGACCUUCUUAGAAUCUAAUAAAAGCACCAGAGGUUGGCCAUUUGGAAUUGGCAGAAUUCUGAUUGCUGCAAAGAAUAAAAAGGAGGGUCAGUUCUUUGAGCAGCUGAACACCGUCCGAUGUGAACAGAUAGGUCCCCUGUCAGCGGCCAGCAUGGAGAGUGGCUCCUACCUCAGGGGCUAUGAAUAUAUUGUCAGGUUACACAUGUUAAAUGAAAUAGAGGAGAACUGUCGGGUUUUACUUGGAAUCAGAAAUAACCCGGACGAUGAUUCUGAGAGGAAAUCCACCAUGGACCAGCUUCUACAACAGUGGGAGACCAGAUUUGAGACAGUUCAGUGUUCAUUCAGGACCCAGGAGCCCCUCCUGACCCUCAGAAGGACUCUGUUUACCCUGGUCCAGAGACUGACCGACCUUGACCUAGAUCAGGAAAUAGGUCGCUGGUGGCUCUCCAGUGCGCGUAUAGCAAGAAAGGCUGGAUACCUCCAGACUGCCUACAGUUUCCUGUUACAGGCCGCUGAUUACAACUUACCCGAGUUUGUCUUGGAGAAGGCCAAAUACCUACGACAUAAGGGUGAACUUGAUCAAGCUCUGAAGUAUCUAGAGCGUGGAAUGGAAUCUAAUUUUGGCAGCAUGCAGCAGCUGUUGGCAGACACCUCAGAAAAUGCUAAAGUCAAGAGGAAACAUUAUGCUCAGGCUCUCUUGCUGCAAUCACGCUUCAGUGAAGAGACUUCCUGUCUGGAGAGUAACGAGAUUUUGAAACUUUAUCGUAAAGUCAUCAACGUGAAUCAUGACUGGGAGGACGGCCAUUUCUAUAUGGGGAAAUACUACGACAAAAUCAUCACCACACUGCUGGAGGAUAAACAUGAUAAAGAGAGACCCAACCCCUCCAAACAGUGGGAGGUGGUGCCGUUUGUGGUGAAGCACUUUGGGCUGUCGUUGAAGUAUGGGAACCAGUAUAUCUACCAGUCCCUGCCCCGUCUGCUCAGUCUGUGGCUCGACUACGGAGCUUCUGUGGUGGAGGCGGAGAAAAAGGAGCGAGCACGUCAGCCCCAGGGGACACAACCCUCCCAGAAACUCUCCAACAUGAAGAAGUCGCUCUCCGACCUUAAUGAGAACAUUUCUAAGAUGGGUCGGACCCUAGCUCCCUAUCAGCUGUUCACUGCCUUCUCUCAGCUCAUUUCUCGGAUCUGCCACAUAGAACCAGAGGUCUUCCAAAAACUCAAGGAGUUGAUAGCUAAGAUAUUUGUGUCUUUCCCUCAGCAAUCUAUUUGGAUGAUGAUGGCCAUAUCCAAGUCUUCUUAUCGCGUGAGAAAGCAGAGAUGUGAGGAUAUAUUUGCCACUGUCAAAAUGAUUGAUCCUAACCAGAAUAAGUUUAUUCAUGAUGCCACGAAGUUGACGGAGAGACUGCUGGAGCUUUGUGAAAAAGACAUAAAGGGGACAUACACACUGAGUAUCACUAACCACUUCAGACCCCUCAAACGACUGCUCGAGGACAAGGACUUUGGUCCAAUCCUGCUCCCCCUGCAGUCUGCGAUGAGAGUGACCCUCCCCAGUACCCCAGGAAGUCACGUGGACCACAACCCCUUCCCCACCGAUCUAGUCUUCCUGCAGAGCUUCGAAGAGGGAAUUGAAGUACUACCAUCGCUUCAACGCCCUAAGAAAAUUACCAUGAAUGGUAGCGAUGGGAGAAUGUACACCAUGUUGUGUAAGCCGAAGGACGAUUUGAGGAAGGAUUGUCGAUUGAUGGAGUUUAAUGCGCUCGUCAAUAAGUUCCUCAGUAAAAAUCCCGAGGCUCGGAAAAGAGAUCUGCACAUCAGGACCUAUUCUGUGGUUCCCCUGAAUGAGUACUGUGGCCUCCUGGAAUGGGUGAACAACACACAGGGACUGAGGAACAUUCUGCUGAGGAUGUAUAAGGAGCGGGGGAUUUACUUCAGUGGCAAGGAGCUUCAGACCAUGACCCCCAAACAGGACUGCCCACUGGAACUGAAGAAAAAGAUCUUUAAGGAGAGAUUCCUGUCCAAGCAUCCUCCUGUUUUCAAAGAAUGGUUCCUACAGACAUUUCCUGAUCCUACUUCAUGGUACAAUGCGCGUCUGGCCUAUGCUCGGACGUCUGCCGUCAUGUGUAUGGUGGGGUACGUACUGGGCCUGGGAGACCGUCACGGGGAGAACAUCUUGUUUGACUCGACCUGUGGAGACUGUAUCCAUGUAGACUUCAACUGCCUCUUUAACAGGGGAGAGACUUUUGAUUGGCCAGAAAAGGUCCCAUUUCGCUUGACACAGAAUUUAGUCGACGCCCUUGGACCCCUUGGGAUUGAGGGGAUUUUCCGUAGAUCUUGUGAGGUGACCCUCAGGGUUAUGAGAGAUCAGAUGGACCCAUUGAUGAGUGUAUUACGAACUUUCAUCCAUGACCCUUUGGUGGAGUGGAGGAGGAAAACUAAAGCACAGAAGACAGAGACAGAGUUAGCUCAGGGGGAGAUUCACAAUGAUCAGGCUUUAGUCCAUGUACAGAACAUAGAGUCUCGUUUAAAAGGGAUCCGUCGCGGCACGAUGCAGAAACCCAGGAGUGUAGCUCUGUCCGUGGAAGGACAUGUUAAUUACCUAUUACAGGAGGCUACAAGUCUUGACAACCUGUGUCAGAUGUAUGUGGGAUGGGCUGCUUAUUUGUGAAGUAAAACGAACUAGAGAAGUGAGACUUCUAUUUGGAUUUUUGAAAUCGGUGUGAAUACCUUAAUCUGAACAUGGCUUGUAAAUGGGUCAUUCAAACC